AUGUUAAGAUACGCCAAUCCCGUAAAAGUCCAAGCCAGAACCUUUGCAUCGACACUGAGCCUCCUCAAGGGCACCAGAAUCGAAACCGAUGCUUUUGGUGAGAUCGAAGUCGACUCUUCCAAGUAUUAUGGUGCUCAGACCGCUCGGUCGAAACACAACUUCAAAAUUGGCGGACCUGCUGCUCGCAUGCCUCUUCCUGUGGUUCAUGCCUUUGGAGUUUUGAAGAAGUCGGCGGCUAUUGUGAACGAAGAGUUGGGUGCUUUGGACCCCAAGCUUUCGAAAGCGAUCCAACAAGCUGCCACCGAAGUUUCGGAGGGUAAGUUGGACGACCAUUUUCCUUUGGUGGUGUUCCAAACUGGUUCCGGAACCCAGUCCAACAUGAACGCCAACGAGGUGAUCUCAAACCGUGCCAUUGAGAUCUUGGGUGGCGAAUUGGGAUCGAAAAAACCAGUUCACCCUAAUGACCAUUGCAACAUGUCUCAAUCUUCCAACGACACUUUCCCCACCGUGAUGCACAUUGCUGCUGUUUCGGAGAUCAGAAAGUCAUUGCUUCCGGAAUUGACCAAGUUGCGUGACCUGUUGCACGCCAAAUCCGAGGAAUUUAAGGAUAUUAUCAAGAUUGGAAGAACCCACUUGCAGGACGCUACCCCAUUGACUUUGGGCCAAGAAUUCUCUGGUUAUGUCCAGCAGUUGACCAAUGGUAUUGAACGUGUGGAAAAAACGUUGCCAAACUUGCUGAAGUUGGCUCAAGGUGGUACUGCUGUAGGAACCGGUUUGAACACUCGCAAGGGCUUCGACAAGAAGAUUGCCGAGCAAGUUUCCAAAUUAACUGGUUUCCCAUUCGAGACUGCUCCCAACAAGUUUGAGGCUUUGGCUGCCCACGAUGCUGUUGUGGAAGCCAGUGGGGCAUUGAACACCGUUGCUGCGUCUUUGUUCAAAAUUGCCAAUGACAUUAGAUACCUUGGUUCCGGUCCAAGAUGUGGCUACGGAGAAUUGUCUCUUCCUGAAAACGAACCAGGUUCGUCUAUCAUGCCCGGUAAGGUGAACCCUACCCAGAACGAAGCGUUGACGAUGGUGGCUACUCAGGUUUUCGGAAACCACUCUGCCAUCACUUUUGCAGGUGCUUCGGGUCAAUUUGAGCUCAAUGUGUUCAAGCCAGUGAUGAUUGCCAACUUGUUGAGUUCGAUCCGUUUGAUUGCCGACGGCUCGGCUUCGUUCAGAGAACACUGUGUGGACGGAAUCAAGGCCAACGUUGACAAAAUCGAGAAAACUUUGCACGAAUCGCUCAUGUUGGUCACCGCAUUAAACCCCAAGAUUGGCUACGAUGCUGCGUCCAAAACCGCCAAGAACGCCCACAAGAAGGGAUUGACCUUGAAGGAGUCGGCCUUGGAGUUGGGUGUGUUGAGUGAGCAGGAAUUUGACGAGUGGGUGAGACCAGAGAAGAUGAUCGGACCCAAGGAUUAG